GGCUCGGGAGCGCUCGGGCGUCUUCGGUGGCCCCUUCGGCGACGUCCAAGAUGGCCGUCAGUAUCGGAAAUGGUGUAGCGUGAGAGAGAGGAGAGUGGGCGGUAGGGACCGUAGGUGUGUCAAGUGUCGGCUCUUCCUUGAUUAUGCCAUCGAGAUGCCGAUCGUUGCGCCCGUGGUUAGGUGCGGUUAGGUGUAUCGGGUGGCCAGUGAGAGGAGCGUGAUCGCCGAGUGCUGGGGAGAACGCAUGAGUCUGAGGAGCGGCGCUCGGCGCUCGGACUGUUUCAUCGGCUCGACCCGGUUGGCGGAUGCCCACCGACCGUCGACUUUGCGUCGCCGCGCCCGUCGCCUCGGCUUCCGAGAAGUGCAGCGCGGCGCGCCCGAGUCUAGUACAGACUGCACAGGUACCGGAAAUAUUCGCCGAGGGAGAGGACCCAGCCCCAGUCAUCGCAUCAUCGCAUCAUCCCGUCAUCGCUUCGUCGCAUUAUCUCGUCACCGCAUCUUCUACGGGGACAGAACGACGCCAGUGAUUUCCUGAGUAAGUAAAAGGCCGACGAACCGAAGGCGAGGCUGCAGAAAAUUCCCUGCACACCGCUGUGCACAGAAUUCUGCCACACCAAGGACUCCACGAAUGAAGAAAAAAAACGGGAUGCAGGCCAUGCAAUUUGUGUCAGGUUAUGUCAUUUGUGGCGAUAGGGUAAUGUGAGUUAUCGGAGCUAGAUGAGGUCCACGUUCGGAGAGAUCGAUGGACCGUCAAGGCUCAUUCAUCGGUAGUUGACCAAGAAAUUGCAGUGCGAUGUUUGUCCAUGCUUUGUGGAUUUGAGCUGGAGUAAGAAUAAUCGGUUCUUUAAUCGUAAUCAUUGGUUGUAAAGCAAGAAUUAUUCACUAACUUAAGAAUGGUGGAUGAGCCCUGGGAAAUGAGAUCGACUGUGAACGCAUAAUUCUGAUCAUGCCGGGAAUGUCAUUAGCGGUUGGUCAUAGUGCCGACGAGAUCACUCGAUCUUUGUCGGAUAAGGACCUUUAUAUGAACCGUGACGAGUGGAAUCGGAACUGAGUCUCUGGUCGAUAAAUUGUACAACUUUGGAUGGGAAAUCUGUGCUUAUUCCUGGCCUGAGGAAGUUGGUUAUGUUGGAGAAGAAAUAGAAGAAUUUGGGGAAUAGUGAAUUCGGUGGAAAGGCAAGAUCUGCUUCCACUGCUUAUAAUUUCGUGGACAUUGGGCCGGCGGAAUCUAAGUAUUAACGUCAACUUGGCUCGAAGAAAUUCGAGGGGAAAAUGUGGAAUAUGAUGUGCGACGUGAUGCCUACCAUUUCGGAGGACAGCAUCAGUCAGCGGAGCUCGCAGUUCUCGGCGGAGGACGGGAACUUCGAGCAGCUGAUGGUGUCGAUGCUGGACGAAAGAGACAAGUUGAUGGACUCUUUGCGGGAGAGCCAGGAACGACUGCAGGAAGCCGAAUCCCGCCUCCAGGAGCUGGAGAAGGAGCGGGAUGCUCUCAAUCGUCAGAUCAACGCCAACAUUCCUCAGGAGUUCUCACAGCUGACGAAGGAGCUGACCGCCGCGAGGGAGAGCAUCCUCGAGAGGGAGGAAGAGAUCUCCGAGCUGAAGGCUGAGCGCAACAAUACCCGGCUUCUGCUGGAGCACCUCGAAUGUCUGGUUGCGAGGCACGAGAGGUCCCUCAGGAUGACCGUGGUCAAGAGGCAGGCUGCGGCGCAAUCCGGGGUCUCGUCCGAGGUCGAAGUACUCAAAGCCUUAAAGAGCCUCUUCGAGCACCACAAGGCUCUGGACGAGAAGGUCCGGGAGAGAUUACGACUAGCCCUAGAAAGGAACACCAGCUUGGAGGAGGAACUGGCACACACCAAAGACGAGCUCCAGCAGUAUAAAGUAGGCGGACACCCCGCCAAAGUCAUCGAGGACAGGCCCAAAGAAAACGGGCAGGCUGAUGACGCCCAACAGCAGAGCAAGAAUCAGACCGAGCAGGCGGCGAACCAGCAACAGCCACAACAGCAGCAACAAAAGCAACAGCACCCGAUUAAGCUAGGUACCGAGAAGCAGCCCGAGGUGGGGAACAGACUGAGCAAUGGCAGCCUAGAUCCUACCGAUCAGGACUCUGACGUUCGAGUAAUUGACUUACAAGCUACUCUCGACAAGCAGAGUUCGGAGCUCAGCUCGUGGCAACGUCGUGUCGCCGAGCUUAGUGGGCGCGUUUCAGAGCUGGAGGAAACCUUAUCCAAGGCUCAGAAAGACCUUCUUAAGACCCAGGAGACGAAUGUCAAUCUGCAAAGGGAUUUGCGUGAGAAUGCCGCGCAAAAAGAAGACCAGGAACAGAGGAUAUCGACUCUCGAGAAACGAUACCUCAACGCUCAGAGAGAAUCCACCAGUUUGCACGAUCUUAACGAAAAACUCGAACAGGAGUUGCAGCACAAAGAGGCUCAACUCAAGCUGCAAGAAGAGAAGAUUGCGGCCAUCCAGGAAAAACUGGAGCUGGCCGAACAGAAACUAGCGCAAUAUGCAAAGUUACCGGAAAUGGAGGAACAGUUGAAGCAGAGGAUGGAGGCUCUGACCCAGGUGAGGAGGCCCAACCAGGCUCAGGAGAGGCAUGGUAGUGCGGAGGAUAGAAUCCAAAGAUUGGAGACUCAGUUGGACGAAAAGAACGCAGAAGUGAUGCGAUUGACCCAACGGCUGAAGAUGAACGAGGAGCACAACACUCGUCUCAGCACCACUGUCGAUAAACUUUUGUCUGAAUCGAACGAAAGGUUGCAAGUGCAUCUCAAGGAGAGGAUGCACGCUCUGGAGGAAAAGAAUGCACUUACCCAGGAACUGGAGAAAACAAGGAAAAUCGCGGAGGACCUGCAGAACGAGAAGGCGGAGAUCGUGAAGGAGCUGGGGAAGGCUCGACUGGAGAUCGACAACGUGAAGAGGCAAAUGUUGCAACAAGAGAUCGCGUUUAACAUCCAACAAACGGAUGCCUUGACCAGAAGUUUGUCGCCGAAUGCUGUUGACCCAGGAACCUUCUCCAGGAGUGCAAGCUACAGCAGUUUCGAUACGCACUCGUUACCCAGGAGAGCAGCCAAAAGGCCGAUGGAAGAUGAUAGCGCGAAGAACUAUGUGGCGCGCACCUUGGCUGAACAAGAGUGGGAAAAGUUGCAGCAAGCGCAUGUUCUCGCGAAUGUUCAACAAGCUUUCGAUGUAUCCAGCGAUGCCGAAGGAGAUGGAGACAAUGAGAGCAUCUUCAGCUCCGCUGCUGAUGUCAUAAGUCCAACGGGUCACACAGAUGCUCAGACUCUAGCUCUGAUGUUGCAGGAACAAUUGGACGCUAUUAAUACAGAAAUCAGACUGAUUCAGGAGGAGAAGCAGAGCACGGAGGCUAGAGCAGAAGAGCUGGAGUCCAGAGUCGGCAGCUUAGAACACAUGAAUUUGUUAGCCAGAGGCCGAAGCUUGGAACGGGCAUCUCCUCCUCUCAGUGGACGUUCCACGCCAAAGUCUCACCAUAGUCCUAACAGAGAUUACCUGCACAAAUACCAUACGGCACCGGCCUCGAUGUCCCCUGCACACCUCCAUCAGUACGCUGCCUCGUUAGCUAGUCCUGGCCAGUUGUCGGAGUCUCUUCCUGCGAGCCAGUUGCAGCUGUCCGGUGAAGAGUUGCACUCGGUGAGCGAAAGAGACAGUACUGUCGGAGCAGGCAGUGGGAGUGACGCAGCCUCACCCUUGACUGCGAGAUCACUCAGACUGGAACGAGUCGUCCAAGCUUUAGCACACAGCCAAGAAGAAUUGAGAAGACGUACUGGACAAAGUGGACUUCCUAGCUGUGACUUCUCCGCACAAAGCAGGCAUGGGCAACAUAACAACGGGGCACUCAAUUCUGGGACUCCUCCUUCCCCAUUGUCCUCACGCCACAGCAGCCAGGACAGUUUGCACAAGAACAAUUAUUCCGGCGUCGGGCUGCCCAUCGGACAGCUCUCCAGCUCCCAUCUGCACAUGCAAUCGAGUAUGAGUCCUGCAACUGCGGCUGCAGUCGCUGCAGCCCAAAAGAAGAAGGGCCUCAAGAGCAGCCUCGGUCGAUUUUUUAGCAAAAAGGAAAAGAUCAAGGGGAAAGACAGCGGUCUCUCAGGAGACAUGCCAGGCAUGGUCGGAGUAAGCACACCAGCUGAUCCAGACUACGGUGACAAUGUGUCCCUCGCUGGAACCCUUGGUGGGAAGAGUGACUUUGAUCGAAGAAAAAAGAAAAGUAUGUUGGACUCGUCAAGGCACGAGCUGUUAGCAGAAGCAAUGAAAGCAGGCACACCUUUUGCAUUGUGGAAUGGACCGACGAUAGUCGCCUGGUUGGAGCUCUGGGUGGGAAUGCCUGCGUGGUACGUAGCAGCAUGUAGGGCCAAUGUCAAGAGCGGAGCCAUCAUGAGUGCUCUCAGUGAUACCGAGAUACAACGAGAGAUUGGAAUCAGCAAUCCACUGCAUCGGUUGAAACUGAGAUUGGCAAUCCAGGAGAUGGCUUCGCUGACUAGCCCCUCCGCACCAAAGACCUCCCGGACCACCCUGGCUUUCGGUGACAUGAACCAUGAAUGGAUUGGAAACGUGUGGCUGCUCAGUCUGGGUCUACCUCAGUAUCGGUCCACUUUUAUGGAGUGCCUUGUAGAUGCCAGAAUGCUGGACCAUCUAAAUAAGAAGGAUCUUCGAGGGCAACUCAAAAUGGUCGAUAGUUUUCAUAGAACGAGCUUACAAUACGGUAUCUCGUGCUUGAAAAGGCUAAACUACGAUAGGCAACAAUUAGAGGAGAGGCGACGAAUAGCAGAGACUGCAAACGUUGACAUUCUCGUGUGGAGUAACGAUCGCGUGAUUAGAUGGGUACAGUCGAUCGGGUUAAAGGAGUACGGGAACAAUCUGUUGGAGUCUGGAGUCCACGGAGCCCUUAUAGCCCUGGAUGAGAGCUUCGAUGCUAACAGCUUAGCACUUGCUCUACAAAUCCCAAUGCAGAAUACACAGGCAAGGCAGGUGUUAGAAAUGGAGUUCUCAAAUCUCUUGGCGGUGGGGACUGAAAGGCGAUCCGACGAGUCGAACAGCAUGAAGUCUUGAUCGAGCUCCUCGAGUAGAUUGCCUCAUCUCCAACCCCAUCACGUCUAGUCGAAUAUCCCAGCUAUUUACUAUACUAUCCGUGCGCAAAUGUGUCAUAACUAUCAGUCGAGUGCGAGCUUUAACUAUCGUUUCUAAGGGUACCUGCACUCUCGUUCGUUCCGAGGGUAUUUAUACUCUCCGCGUGGUAAGGGAACGCUAAUCGAGUGCGGUGACGAUUACCGGUUACGCCUAAGUGACAUUGUACCGCGACGAUCCGAGUGUUCUUCGAAUCCUUCGUAUAGAUACCGAAAUGUAGUACGCAAAUCCGACUUGGAGGGCUCCGACGGAUGCCAAAUGGUCUGGGGACGAGCGUUAGAUUUUUGAGAGCCAGUACAACAGCUAUAGACUUCUGCGGUGACAAUAAUUUCGUCCGGUUCGACGUUCCCGCGUAUCGACGCGCGCGCCAUUCUCGAGAGACGCGGGAAACGCGGGAGCUAUACCGUACCUACUUGCUUAUUUCUUUUGUUUUUUAAUUUUCUUUAUUGGCGACAAGGAAAAAAUUAAAUAACGAGAAUUACCGCAUUCCGUAAAAGCCCUCCGGAAGAAUCGAAUCGAAGAAAAAGUUCCUCUGCGUUGGUUAAACUGAUUUAUAGACGGAUAUUUGUACGGAUGGCGAAGAGUCGACGUUUCGUAUGUCUUGUCGCAACGCGUUCGUCAUGACGCGCGAAUGAUUUAUCUCGAGCGCGACGCGAAUCCAAAACCCGGAAAACGUGGAAAAGUUUCGUUGGGCACGUGGACUCGAUGUCUCUCUGAAUCCGGAUGGAUGAGAAAUCGGAAAGAAAGAAACUGCGUCCUAUGUUGCUGUGUUUAUAGGAGGGCGACUCGAGAUGAGGCCCCGAAUUUUGACACGCCUACUACGCGCGUCCACGUCAUGAAAGCAUAAACGUAUACGUAAACUCUGCGUACUUGUAUAUUAUUCGCGGGAAUUCAUAGACUAAUCGUUAUUCCUCUUCUAUUACUGGACAUUUCGAGUCUCCGUAGGUUUCUUGUACCGCUAAUCCUUCGAGAUCUUAUGCACAAGAUGGCGGCCGCAAUUGGGAACGCUUAUUUUAUAAAUUAGUACCGAUGCAGAUUUGCGCAAACCCUUCCGAUAUUCAUUUACAAUUAUAUUCUCAAAAUAGAGCCGCGUUAGUAUGAAUUGUCCCGAGUCCGAGAUUUAUUUAAGCUCGGAGUAUCGAAAACGCGAGCUGAUGAAUUAACGAUGUCUAGAGAUUACCCGAUACUUUGCGCUUCCUAGUAUUUUUGUCAAUGCGUUUCCCUCCGAAAAUCAAGGGACGAAUUUAGGCGUUUCCGAUUGACUGCCGCCGUCUUGUAUUAAAUUGUACCGGAACCAUAAUCCGAGUCUUCGAAGACGUCGUCGGAUCGAUUUAGGUUUAGAUUAUUUUCUCCGAGACGUGUCCGAGGGCUCGCUUCGCUUUCGGGGAACGUAGGCCAGACAUUUUAUACCAAAAUAUUUGCACGGUGUACAACUAUAAGGAUAUAGUAGGUCUUAUAUCUGAGAUCGAGCCCAAUUUUGGGUAAAAUCCGCAAGAUCCGCGGUCGUACAGCUUCGGAUUUGACGAAUUAAUAACCGGGGCGAGGCUUCCUUUUCGUCAAAAUGAAAGACAACUAGUUAGGGAUGUCGGCAUUGAUUCGGCGGAUAUUACCGGCGCGUUUGUGUGAAUAUGUUAACAAAACGAAACAAAGGGAAAAAAAAAUGAUGCUUCUCGCAGUACACAGGAUAAAAAGAAAAAAGAAUACGCGUCGUCGACGUAACGCUACUCAAUGGAAGUUACUAUAACGAUACUGUAAUUUGUAAAUACAGAACGCGCGAGGCCGGUUAAUGAUAUGACAUGAUUAUAUAUAUUAUAUAUACAUUAUAUAUAUUAUAUAUAUAUAUAUAUAUACACACUCACACGCGCAUCGUGUCUCUCGUAUCUUUCGAUGAAUUUGUACGACUCGAGUUUAGGACACGAGAAAGAGGUAUGCCGAUUUACCGAUGUUAAUGUAUUGACUACGGUACAUGUACUUUCAAUUGGUUUCACGUUGUUUGUACGUUCGCGAUACACGAGCGACAAUCGACUCGUCACUUGGGUCUUGUCUCGCGUUUGGCUAAUUAUUUCCUUUUUUGCGCCUUUUUCUCCGGUUUAUCAUUUUGUAAUGACGUUUCGAGGCGUACACGUGGCCGUAGAGAUGUUUAUUUAUGUCGACGUUAAUCGUAAUACGCGAACCACACGCACAAUGGCUUUGCAAUGUAAUGCGCAGAAGUUUUGGUCGGUCGAUGGUUGUAGAUUAUUAAUACUUGUAGAGGUGCGUAUUGUAAAUGGAAGAGAUAAGAGCGUCGCGGCGGUGACGACGGCUCUCGGUGUUAAAGGCGAGCGUCGAUUAACAUUUUAGCAUGGCGUGUCUCGGAGUUUUGUAAUUAUUUAAACCAAGUGUCAAGGGCUUGUGGAAGCGGUAAAUGACACUUUUAUCACCGAAUUCGGUGCACCGACUUUACAGACUUCACAAUCUGGACAUGCAGGCUGUAAGGAAGGUCCUGACGCCCUUGAAGUUUCGUGGUUUAUAAAGUUAGAAAAUAUUUAUAAACGAAUUUUAAAGAAAUUGAAAAUCUCACGAGGGUCGAGACCUCCCUUGUAAUCUUUGCGUUCACGUUAAAAAGUUUGACACGAUUCGGUACACCCAGUUGGGAGGAAAGUGUCAAACGGGAUCUGACGCCACUUUCGCACAACCUUAAAGGAAGCUCUGGUGAAAUUUGAGCGCAUUGCGCUGCACGAAGAGGCAUUUUCUCAUCGGGAUGUGGUUUCGCCGCGGGAUGCACGAUAUGGAAAAGUUGCGCCCAUGACCACGGAAUUACGUAUAUUAUACGGAGGGACGUUCCGUAAAAUGUUUUGUCGUUUAUUUGUCGCGUGCACUCGAGAUGAACUUGACAUCACACGAGCUAGAAUAGUCGCGAGUCUACUAUAUAUCAUUUUAUAAGGAACUAUUUGGUCCGAAUUUUGCAACUUUCCAUAACGCGCGUCCUCGGAGUAUCGCAACUCGUCUAGCAAAGUAGGGGAUAAAAUAAAGUCAAGCGCGAUAACGCCUUGAUAACGAGGGAGAGAAAACUAAGAAAAAGUAUGGGCGCGUUCGGAAAUCGAUUGGACGAAAUGUCUGCCAGUAGAAUAUAUUAAUUGUAACUCCUGGAUCGUGUGAGACUUUUUCAAAGGGAUUAUAAGAGCGGGAGGGUCGUCGACGUUGACGGAAGUACCGCGAGAAAACACACACUAUACCGAUAUAUCGCGACGGUAAAGAUAACGGAGAACUAUAAGUUAUGAGCGCUGAUGUUGUUAAUGUUGUUAAUACUUGAGGAAUCAUUGUUGUUGAUGUUUGUUUCCCUGCAAAGAAUCCCGCAAGCCAUGGACUCUCGUAGUGGCUCCUCGCGCCUCUGUACGACCUUCCGAACGGGCGCAAACGUACCAAAUAAUCUCGACCAAAGACCUUGGGACUCUAAUGUUAAUGUAUAUCGAGAACGACUCUUUGUAAUUAUGCGCUCCUUGGCCGUCUCUUGAUCGGUAGACAAUUGAACCUAAUUGUAGGGCGAGGCCGCGACAUUCGAUAUUAAUAUCUAGCCGUUGUACAUUGCUGUAGAUUGUGCAUAUCAAUGCGCGCCCUUCCCGAUAUCGGAGAAUGUAACUCGAUGUUCCUACGGGAUGGGAUUUCCAGGAUUCGCGGAUAAUCUCCCCGAUAUCGCGGGGCGCGCCGAUAAUAAUUGGGUAUAUCAAUGUACAAUAGAGUGCCCAAUUCCGCGUGUUGAAAGGCUUUCGGGUGGGAACUUUGCAGACAACGCGGUGGAUCAUUCGUUUCGUUCCGAGAUCUAUAUUUAAUAGGAUAUAUUUUAGAUAUGUAUUCCGGCGAGACCGUGUACACAUCCCUUGCGGAUAAUUACGUGGAAUUUGCGCUCGUUACGUUUAAUGGGGAAUGACGGGAACGACGUUAGCGAUUAAGUACUCGUUCUCGUGCGCUUCGGGAAAGGAAUCACGGGACUCGGCAGAGUUUCGCACCAAAUCACUGAUUAGGCGCGAAGGCGCCGAGUACCUUAACAAGUUCGCUUCGAUAUGAACGAGAAACGCAUUUUGGCUCGGACUCGUGCUACAAUUUUAGCGUUAAUAGACGUCUUUUGGCCAUCUGCAGAUAAAGGAUGUUUUUUUUUUUUUAACGCUAAAUGUGAGAUGUGAGAAUUUUUGUCACGACAUCGGGUACAAUGUACCGAGAUUAGUGGGACGCGUUACAUGUCACCGGUGAUCUUAUGCACAAAUCGACGUGGCACAAUAUUCUCUCUCGUAAGGUAAUCGUAAGCUCGACCUAAUUACAGGUGAUGGGCGUGUAUACAUUAAUGUUACACAGACUGAUUUAAUUAUACUAAACUAAGCCCGAGGUGGGAUUCCCCCUGGGUUCGAUAUGGAGUUCCGGACUUUUAUCAUCUCCUUGUGGAUUAAAAACCCGCAAUUUCAUAUCGAACUACCUAAUCGCACUCGGGAAAUGGGAAAUCUCCGCCUCGGGUGCAACCGAGGACACAAAAGUGCAGGGAGAGUCGCCAAGGACUCCUAGGGGAUUCCUGAAAAGUCACCGGUGAUCGCGUAGAUAGCGGGGAAACGAAGCGGAGGGUUAAGGCCCGUUCGCAACGCGCGUUGUGAACGGACCCUAACCUAGCGGAGUAGACGGAAAAAUAACGCGGGGAUCGAGAAAUCGGGGACAUUCUUAUACCGAGACAUGCGUAACCCUUUCGGAAGAGUCUGCAGUACAUGUAAAUGACUGAACUUAUUUUUAAUCGUAAACGCUAGCUAAUAAUUACACCUAAUGGACAUUCCAGAGGAACCUUCCAAAGGCAAGCCACAUUCGUAACCACAUAUAAAUGUGUACAUCGUGAGAAACAAUAUGUAGCAGCUUCGACGCAUUCUAUGUAUUUAAAACUCUAAAUACGACAGACCGUCGCGCAAGGCCGCUACGAGUUUCGCCCGAAUUCGUACGAUGGUUGAAUCGAAGGGGGCGCCAAAUUCGAAAUGUGAAAUUGUGAAAUGUGAAUUUGCGAAAAGUGAAAACUCGAGCUCGGCGAAACUCGGCGUGUCUCGCCCGGCGAAUUCGUGCUUCGAUACGGCCGUACAGGUUAGGUACGAUGUACAGGAUCGUUGCGAUUGUCCUUCAAUGGGUGUAAAGAGAAAGAGAAAGAGAGAGAGAGAGAGAUAAAGAUAACACUCUGUCUUUCCACGAGCUCGGCCGAUCCUACUACCGACACUAGUGUCGGAUUCGACGGACACAUUCGAGACUGAAUGGGCGAUUUCUAUAUUUACAUGAAGUUAAAUUGCGAGGAAACUAACGGGAGGUUUAAUUCCACCUUUCUUUGGGAUUCUUUUCUCUCUCUUCUUUUUCGAUCGAGAGGUAGGACGUGGGAGGCGGAGAUGAAUACAAAACGAAACGUUCCUUCGACCAGGCGGUGUGAUUUUUCGCGUUAAGUACGUGAUAAGAUGGAAAGACCGUUUUUCACAUAACCUCGUCCGAGAACCUGGCUUUCGGAUUUUCUUGAUCGGCCAGGCGAGGGAUGCUGAGAAUCCGCUAAUGGGAGCAAUUAUCCGAUUAACACUAACGAUUCCUACGAGUGAGGACGAGUGUUAACCCGUUAAGCGAGCGCGAGAAACUUUACUACUUUAUAUUUUCAUCCUCAAGUCUAAUUCGAUGUCAUGUUUCUGAGGAAAUGCAUCCUUUGACGUUCCGUUUCUAUUAACUAAGAGAGUAAAUUUGAAGGUUCGCGGCUAUGUUUGACCACGUGACGGCGGGAACAGCCAAUCAGCGAGCAGCGGGAAUUUCGUAUUUCGGCGCCAUAUCUUAUCGCGCUACUUAACGGGUUAAUGGGUUUCUCAGUUUUUCUUUAAACGAGAAUUCGAUAGCUCGAUACGUGAUUGAUCGACUUUUCGGGGAACGAUCACUCGGAAGUUUAUUUUCUAUUGCGAGAUUCGUAAUCGUUGCGUGUUCGAGAUUAUUCGCGAAUGGCCUCGAGGUGUCGUGAAAUGCGCUUUGCGGGCAUGUAAUUAGUUGUAAACAGUGGAAUUCAAUUGCAGUAUCGGACACGCCGCACAUAUCGUUUCGUCUAGAUUUUACAUAUCAACCAAGUAAGCAGCAUUUUAUUUAACCUUACGUUUGUUAUGUCGCUAUUGUUGCACCCGGCAGGGUUGGGUAGAUCUGCAACGAUGCAUAAUGUAGGCUGCAUUAUGAUUAAUAAUCAUGAAAUAAGAGUUACGAAGCAGCUCCUCGUUAAUAAAAGAGGAGAGAAAAGGAAAAACGUGACAUUUUUAAGUCAGCGAACGCUUCUCAACUGCAAUAUCUCCAUGCGUAGAGGUUAUGUUCAGUAUUACUUCGCAGUUAGGGGUGAUUCUUGUAUUAUUUUCAGUGCUUUGAAUAACAGUUGAUCCUCUUAAAUCAUAUCGGGACAGAAAUGCAUAGUACGGUGUAUGUUUUCCAAAUGUAAACAGAUCAGUGCUGAUGUAAUGUACCUUAGGUCGAGAGAAUACGAAUUAUCUCCAAUCGAAUGCUAAAUAGCCAGCUAAAUUAAAUCAACAUACAUAUAUUUUUUGUACAGCCAUUGUUCUCUUUGUGAGGUAGUUGGAAAUUAAUGCUAACGAUUAAGGAAUUGAACAGUUGCGCAUUGUACAUAAUUCGUUGUCAACUCGAAUACCCAACCCUGCUGUCUCUGCGGUGUGGAUUGCACGCGUUUUAACAAUUUGUAAUCGUUCAGUUUGAAUUUCUUUCGAGAGUAAAGGACGGAGGGAGAAAAUGAGGAUUGAGAGUCGAGGGGAUAAGAGUCCAGUACCCUGUACAGUUUUGUUGCAUUUAGGAGGGAAUUAACUAGAGGACAGCGCUGAUGGGCAUUAGGAAUUGCUCGUUUAACGGGUGAUAAGGAAAUUGUAAGAAUCAAACGAAUUCACCGAUUAAAUUACUAGUUAACUGAUUAGUUGAUUACUCGAUUAAUUGUACUGUAGUAUAAAAAGGCUACGAGUGUUUGAGCGAACGCGAGUGGGAAUGCGUAGUAACGAUUGGAACGAUUAUAUUCCACGUGCAGCACAUUUCCGUAACGGUGCCAUAAGGUUUACUCUUAUCGCAGGCAAAGGAGCGGAUGGUUAAAUAAAUAAUAAAUAAAGAAUUAUCGAUAAAAUUGUUGCGGAUACGAGGGCUUACUCGCUUGGAUCUCCCGUGGUUUAACAUCGUGUAUUGUCGUAAAACCUGAAUUCAUUAUAUUUGUACAGUAACUAUGAUAACACACACACACUUUAAGUUUAUAUAUAAUACCUAUGAUACAAUAAAUUAUUUGAGAAAUU